AUGCCAAGGGAGGAGAGUCGGUCGUGUGGCUCGCCUGAGAGACAACUGGUGAACGUCAAAGAUUUCAAACUGGGUUCGUCUGGACCAAACGUCGAGUCAGUCGUCGAAAAACACGUCCGAAUGAUCCGAGGGUCGAACUACUCACUUUACCAGCGAUGGAGGCCGGAAAGGAAGAAUAGAGAAACAGAGAAACUUGGCUUAGCAUUGAUGUGCGUUCAAGGAGCAGCCAUAACGAGGACAAGUCGAAAAAUGGGCGCUGUACGAUUUUCUUAA